AUGCUGAGCGUCUGGUGGGGAGUUUAUGGAAUCUACCGUUUCGAACUGCUGCCGGACAACACGACAGUUACUGCCGAGGUCUACUGCGCUCAACUGCAAAGACUGGCCGACAAGAUCCACAAGGAGCACCCGAAGCUCGACAAAGCUGUUGAACUUGGAUUGUCAGCCCAGCCUUUCACGAAGACAUCGCUUUCUCCUGGAUCUCGGGUUGUAACCAAGUACCUAAAAGCAUCCGGACUUCUACCAUACCUUCAGAGGCUUGGCCUCCACAUUGCUGGCUAUGGAUGUAUGACUUGCAUUGGUAACUCUGGUCCUCUUGAUGCAGAGGUGUCGAGAAUCAUUGAGGAGGAGAACCUUGUGGUAGCUGGAAUGCUAUCAGGUAACCGAAAUUUCAAGGGUCGCAUUCACCCUCUUGUUCGUGCUAAUUAUCUAGCGAGUCCUCCUCUUGUUGUGGCAUAUUCAAUCAUAGGGAACGUCAGUAACGAUAUCAGUGAAGUGAUAGCGACAACGCCGAGUGGCAGAAAUGUUUACUUCAAAGAUAUUUGGCCAACAAAGCAAGAAGUAACGCAGUAUGAAGAAGAGUUUUUUAAGCCGCAGUUUUUCAAACAAGUUUACGCUCACAUUGAAGAAGGAUCAGACCAAUGGCAGCAACUUCAAAGCCCAGUGAUGAAGCUGUACCCAUGGGAUUGUCACAGCACUUACAUCAAAAGAGUUCCUUUCUUCGAAAAUAUGCCCCUCCCUAGCUCAGCGCAACCAUGGAUGCAUGUGCCUUUAGUGUUAGUUUUAUUAAGUAGUGCUUCGUAUUAA